AUGACCUCUCCUCUCCAACCCCCGUACCGUGAACUACAUGCCCAAUCACAUGCUGUCCUCAAUCUCAGCAACGGCAUCUCUGGCUUCUAG